AUGGACUACGCAGACACUAUGGACCACGCUGACAAACAGCAGGCACUGCAAGACGAGCAGCAGCUCUCUCCGCAUGAUAUAGUUGAAGAGCCCCAGCAACGGGACAGUUCUACGCAGCAUAUUAUCGGCCCCGACGACCGCAAAUUCUCGUGGAAAAAGAUGGGCACAAUAGCCGCCUGCGGUGCAGCAUUGUUCUCGGACGGCUAUGUGAACAACUCGAUCGGCAAUGUAAACACAAUGCUUUCUGGGCUGUACCCCACCGUGUACGGCUCGGAUGCAAACAACAACUUGUCUGAGACCCUGACUGCGAUUGCGUUUGCAGGUACAGUUGUCGGUAUGCUCCUCUUUGGCUACUUCUCGGAUGCCAUUGGCCGAAAAAGCGGCAUGAUUGGGGCGACGGUCAUUAUUCUCAUCUUUACCGCACUGUCAGCUGGCUCGUACUACAAAGGGCAAACGGAAGGCAUGAUUCAAAUGCUCAUUGCAUGGCGUUUCUUCACCGGGAUCGGAAUCGGUGCCGAGUAUCCCACUGGCUCCGUCUCUGCCGCGGAAAAGACGGAAGAGAUGCCGAAAAAGUUCCAGCACGGCCCGUUUAUUUUUGUGACCAACUUUGCCAUUGAUCUUGGCUUUGUGGCCGGCUCCUUUGUUCCGCUCGUGCUCACCUGGAUCUGCGGCGAGAAUCACAACCGGUUGAUUUGGCGCCUUACGCUUGGGCUCGGUGUUGUGCCGUGCCUUCUUGUGCUUCCGUUCCGCGCCGUGAUGCAGCAGUCUAAGCUGUACAACCAAGGCAAGCUCAAGACAGCACAGAUUCCCUACAUCUUGACCCUCAAGUACUACUGGUUCCGCCUGUUGAUGAUCUCGCUCGUGUGGUUUAUCUACGACUUUAUCAGCUACCCAUUUGGUAUUUACUCGUCGCUGAUCACUACCGAGCUCAUGGGCGGCGCUGACGCUGCGGGCAACAAACCGCAAUGGGUGACAUUUGGAUGGAGUUGCUUGAUCAACACAUUCUACUUGCCCGGCGCGUUUGCCGGUGCUGCAUUGGUCGACACGCUGGGGCCGAAGCGCACGUUCCAGACCGGUCUCGUCCUUCAAAUCAUUAUUGGAUUUAUCAUGUCUGGUCUGUUCGACAAACUCAAGGUGCAUCCUGCUGCAUUCUGUGUGGUGUACGGCCUCUUUCUUACCUUCGGCGAGAUGGGGCCGGGCGAUAAUCUCGGCCUGAUCGCCUCCAAAUCAUGCGCUACUUGCGUCAAGGGCCAGUUUUACGGCAUUGCCGCUGCAAUCGGCAAGAUUGGCGCGUUUGGCGGCACCUACGCAUUUCCCGCGUUUCGCUCCAACUACGACGAAACCGACUCGCGAUACUACACCGCGCCGUUCUAUCUUGGCUCGGCGCUCGCCUGUGUAUCCCUGAUUCUCCUCACCUUCUGUAUCAAGGAACGCAACGCAGAUUGCCAGGCCACCGAGGAAGAAGCUUUCCGUGCCUACCUUCGCCAGAACGGCUUCGAUCUCAACCUCAUGGGCCGGCAAGACAGCAUGGAUACGGCCCUGACCGGAUCGCUCGAAAGCAUAGACGAGAAGAAGGCGAUGUAG